UGCAGUUGAACCUGCAAGGUGUUCAGUAAAGCUGUAAUGAAAGGAGGCGUGUUAAGAUCACAGACUGCAGGUCGGGAGAUUUAAACUAUAGCUUCACUGACAUCCUGGGACAAGAGUUUAACACUUGGGAAAUAAACCGGUAAGUUAACAAUUACGUUAUGCGUCUUUAAGAUGAAUUCUUCACAACUUUUAUUCUCUUUUAACUUUGAGAGGUUUAUUCGCUUAAUCAGGAAUCGUGGAGAAUUUAAAAGUGAGUUGUUAAUUUAGGAUAAAGUUGAGUUAGGGAUGUUUUUCCAAAUUAAAUUACUUUUGCUCAAAAUGUGGCAUUCCUUGUAACUUCUCCACUAUCCCCAGUUUAGAAAACAAAUGCCUAAGUGCGUGAGGAAUUUUGUAGAAUUUUGGAAAUUAAGAGAUACAUUUUUUUUCAUGUGAUCUAUUAAAAUAUUCUAAGAGUUAAUACAGCUAGACAUUCUAUAAGAGUUAUUUUCUGUGCUCUAACCAAAUGCAGGUGAUGUGGUUAUGGAUUUAAUAUGUUCCCUGUGACACUUGAGUGGUUAUAUUACCAUGGCAUAAAAACCAUCUAGAAUUCAGUUAAAGCUGGGACAGUUAGCUCUAAUUUGAACCCUUAGCAGGAAUAAACCAACAUUUUUCACAGCGAUUGCUUCAUUGUACCAGAAUGGCUCCAGUUUUGCCUUGCAAAAUAUGACCCCCUGAGCUCUAAACAGAUUGUUUUUAAGGCUUUUUGUGUAAUCAACACCAUAUUUAUAAAUACAAAUAUGUCUAAUAGCUAAUGAAAUGAAGAAUGGUAAUUAUGGCUUUAAUUUAUGUAGCCGUUUCUUUACCAACAAACCAUGCUGUUACUAGUGUGUGGGGGUCUAUUCACCUAACAGAACAUGUUACCUCUCCACCAGACCACGCUUUACCCCAUGGAUUUUUGUGAAAGGAACACACUCCAUACAGUGCAUUUGGCAGUCAGGCGUAUCUAAUUCUCCUAAACACAUCAAACACAAUACGGGGAAAUCUGACUUAAGAUCAAGAGUUCAAAGAAAAUUCCGCUUUUAUUCAGUUAAAAAAACAUUAUUUACAGAACAGUAUUUAAGAGAAUCAGACGCACUCUAAUUGUGAGCAGUGUUUAGUGCACCUGCCCUAUUUUCAAAUGAUCUAAAAAAAAUUUAAAGUGUUUUUGUAGAUCAGCAGAAUUUACUGUUUAGUGAAUAAGCCUCUAUGUGUCACUCACAUCCUGCGGCAAUGUCUGCAGACUUCAUUAGGUGAGACGCCAAGAUAUAGAGUCUCAGCUUGAUAAAAGAUAAUUCCUGCUGAAUUUUGCAUUGUUUGUUAGCCCAUGCUGGUUCUAGCUCCGGAUUUGUGUAGUGGUAUCUGGUGCCCUAUUUGCCUUGCAGUUGGUUUGUUAUUCUAGACGUGUGUCAAUCAAUGCACAGGAAUCCACAGGAUAUCUUCAUCCAUCCGUGGUAGCUGUGGAGCUCACAUAAGAUUCAAUUUGCAUCCAAUAGUAAUAGCACCAACAUGAUGCUGAGACAGAAAUUGACAAUCUGUAGAGCAGGUUGAUUUGUGACUUUUGCAAAGAAAAAAAAAGUGAUGUUUCUUUAUGCGGUAAUUGUUGUUGUUAGUCACUAUUUGUACCAAACCAAGUAGGCAGUUGUUAGAGGUUUGCAUGUUUUCAGAGACAAAUCGUUCAUUAGACAGACAUAUCAGGCAAAGAGCUCCCUAGCUGUGUUCCCUUUAAAUAUGACCACAUCAAUAGGUUAUUCAAUCAGGGGAGCUUAUGAAAUGUCUUAUACUUGAGGGUUAAUCUGGCAACCAGCGUUUGUGGUUUAGUCGCUAGAUAGCAAAUUGUGGAAACUUGAAAACCACAUUGGAAUUUAGGCCAUUCGAUUAAUUUGGGGAAAAUAUUUCCAGGGCAGAUAAAAUGUAUUUUAAAUAGAUCUCACAACGGAUUGUUAUGAGUUUUAUCAUCUCUUUUUUUGUUUUAUUGAAAUAUGUAUAAAGAUACAUCAUAUGUGGCUAAUGGUAUAGUGUACGUACAGAGCUAGCCCUGUUCUAUGUGCUCAAUGGGAUUGAUUGAAACUAUUUACAUGGAUGGAAUAAGUAUUCUAUUGUUAGACAGUGCGGUUAGGGUAAGGUGUAUGUGUUUAGCACUGGGAGUGGUAGCAUAUGCUGUCUAAACACAAUUAAUGUUCUGAACACUUUGAAUGGCAGAACAGGGACACAACCCUUUUUCACUGAAAAGCGCAAACGUACUGUAUUUUGUUCUCUAAAGAAAUGCUAGGAGAGGCUCAGCCAAUAUCAUUGCUCACUAUAAAGGCAUUCAGAACUGGGAGAUGUCCAAACAAUAGAUCCCCUGUAGGUCUAGAACUCAAACGCCCAUGAUGCUUUUGAUUGUAGUGAGAACUUGCCCUUGGGGUACGUGCAGUUCCUUGCCACGAUACACAGUAGGUUCUACAUAACACCCCCAGUUUGCAUUGUGUUUUCAGACAAGAAGCGCUAAUUUGGUACUCUUUACAAAGCCUUAAUCUGAAUCUUUAUUCAAAUUAGUAAUUUUUUUAAUUUAAAGAAUCACUGGGAAUUCUAAAUGAAUGAAUUUUAAACUGAUACAUUAUUUUAACCACAUUAAGGCUCCAGUACCAAUGUGUCACCCAGUGUUACAGUUACAGUAAAAAACAGAAACUGGUCUUUUGCCUGUAACGUUGUUGAUUGUCCAUUUAAUGAACUGGGCCCGGCUAUCCAGCACCUUUAUCGGUUUUGUGACUGGGUGAUGUUGGUAUCUAAAUUGUGGACUUGCAGACAGGCUAGGUAACGUUUCCUAUGAUCCUUAGCCGGCCAAACACUGGAAGAGCUGGUAUGAGAAUAGUGAGACAUCGCUGUCCCAUACUGGUUCAGCGAUAAUAUGCAGGCUUUAUAUAUACAUUUAACCCCUUAAGGACCAAACUUCUGGAAUAAAAAGGAAUCAUGACAUGUCACACAUGUCAUGUGUCCUUAAGGGGUUAAUUACAACCCUGAUAUCAUCUGUUUGGAAUAGGUCAAAUAACAUUUAAUUUGCUAACAUCAGCCAUGACAUAAGUGGCUAAGUGAAAAGUCAACAAUCUGCAGCUGUACCCUUAUUUUUUUGCUGUAACAAUUUCCUGACUUUCAAUUAUGUAAUAUAAUCUGAAUUAAUAUAUCACUGGAUCACUGAUAUCCCUUGGUUCCGGUUUAUAAACUGAGGUCAAAACACAAGCACUGCGAUAGCAAAGCUUUGCGGAAGAUCAUUCUAAUGAAAUAAAGCAGAUUUAAUGAGAUCUCUAGUGUAAUCACUGGCAAGAGAUUCUUUGACUACGCUGUAAUUUGGGCUAAAGAAUGGGAUGUAAAAAUGACCUAAUCAUGUAAAUGAAGUCUCUUAACGCAUUGAUCAUAUUUGUGCUAUACGUAGGGUUAUUCAAUAAAGUGCGGAUUUGAAGACUUCUAGCCUUAAAUUUGCAAUUCAUUUUGAAUUUCUGACAAGUCACUCUUUAAUGAAUAACUCUGAUAAUGGUCAAGUUCUAUUUUCAACUUAAACCAUCCCUUAGAUCAGGAUUGCCCAAAAGGUAGAUCCCCAGAUGGUUUAAAACUACAGCUUCCAUGGGGAGUUGCCAUUCUUAAGGCAUGCCAAGACACACAAAGCAUCAUGGGAGUUGUAGUUCUACAACAUCUGGGGAUCUACCUUUUGGGCACCCCUGCCUUGGGUUUACAAAGCGGGUCAUUCUAGCUUGUGUGGUGGAAUGUAUAGGAUAUGCUCACUUUUCUUGAAAAUGUUCUAAAUGUCAUAAUGUGAGUUCUGUAAAAUCAAAAAGCUGUGUGAGCUUAAAUUGAAAGUAUCAUGCUCAAGACCCAUUCAACAUCCCCAGCCAGCUUGGAUAAGAGUUCUGCCGAAUUUUCAGGGUUUUUAGUUACCGCCAAUUUAAAAAAAUGCAUAAUGCAUUUGUUUUCCACUUUUUAAAAAAAAAAUUAUUUGGGCAGUGAAGUGUCCCUUUAAAUUUCUAAUUUCAAUCUGAAAAAAUAAAAGCAUAAUUUAGUUUUUGUGGCACAGAGAUAAUUAUUGUAGACAUCAUUUCACAGUCAGCAGGGGUGCUGCACAACCUCGAGGAGGGCUCUGAAACAAGCACAGCUUUUGUGUCUGUUCUGAGGGCUAUGUCUGUUUGACAGGGGAUAAGAGAAAAUAAUAGUAGGCUGUGAGCUGGAGAUGAGAUCAGUGUUUUCGCCUAGAUAGAUGACAUCACCCAGCAGAGCCUUAUAAUGCCGUGUUGAGAGAUAUUCACAGGGGGGUUAUUCAAUAAACUGACUGAAUUCUCAAUAGCCACGUUUAGAAAAAUAUGAUCUGAAGACCUACUCCCAUUCAGGGUUACCUGCUAAAAGUGGAUUGUCUGGAAUUUCACAAGGUUUUCACUAAACACUAAAUUGUAAACAAUUAAGAACAAAUUUCAAAAUUUUGGCUAAUACAGGUAAUCUACAAACAAGUUUGAGAAUUGAUCACAAUCAGUAUUUUUUUUGUUUUUUUUAUUAACUACAAGUUUGUGCUUAGUAAAUAAACAUAUGUAUAUCUAUGUAGUAUAUACAUGUAUGUAAUUGUACAGCGCUGCAGAAUAUGUUGGCGCUUUAUAAAUGCCAGUAAUAAUAUGGAGAGAGUGCGAGUUUGUUCCUGAGGGCCAUUAAACUUUCGAUUUGCUUAAGCAAAAUAUGCACAUUACCCAUUUUCCACCAGUAAACGUAUUUUAUAACCUCCUUUAUCCAUAACCUCGCUCCAGGCUUGCCAUCUGUUGGAAACAAGAAGCUAAACAAAUUAUGAUGCGAGUUCAAGCUUGAUGGCUAGUAAAUAUUUUACUUCAUCGUUUAACACUUGAAUAUUCUCAUCUCAGUUACAAUUUGAUUCAAAUAAAAACCAUGGAAAGAAAUGUUUACCAGUGGUUAUAGUGCCAGGAGUGCCUUAGAAGUUGACACAUUUUAAAAACACAAAGCAUUGUGGGACAAAGAGUCAUCAAAUAGGGUUUAGCCAUGCCAUGCCAAUGAGCUGAGGUUACUUGUUUGUAAACAGAUUCAGGAAAAAACUAAUCUCUUUAAAACAUGCUCAUUUAAACAAGGAAAUCACCCUUAGGGAAAAUACCUCCACGCCAAGUCAGACAGUGACGUAUUAGUAAUCAUGACAUUGCAGUGCUUUGGGUGUGUGUCUGUGUGUAUAGAGGGGGGGGUGCUUAGAUUACGUCCUGUGGCAAACUUUCCAAAAAUCCAUAAGCAGGGAAGUCCUCUGACAGCUCAUAAAACGGUCAUAAACUGCCUUCUCAAUGACAAACCAAACCAAGGUCCUGUGGACAUCACAUAGGAGCUUACCUGUAGGGGAACCUCUGAAUAGAAGCUAACAGGUAAGGGGGGGAGGGGGCGAGAAAAGCAACUCUGAAUUAAAAAGGGGUUAACAUUCUUUCUUAUAAUGUUUGGAUUUUUUCCUGUGUCACAGGGCUUUUAUUAAUAGUUGUGCUUUUAGAUGUUUGUUACUCUUGACAUGAGCAUACUGUAUAUCUUGUAUGUGACAUGUGUUAUUUGUUGAAUGUCACAAAGUAACAAGGCCACCUAGUGGCAUUCUGGUGUAAUUACACAGAGGGAAAAGGUGACCCUUACAGACUUAUGCUGGUAAUUCUUGAAGACACGUUUUUGGAACUUUAGUAACAUUUUAGCAACACAUUUUUGCAACAUUUUUUUCCCCUGAUCUUUAAAAAUAACAUUUCAUAAGGUCCAAGUGUUAAAGCUACAAAUACAGCCUAUUUUGUGUUAUAAAUAAAUUACCUUACUUUGAACGGUUUGUUUCUAUACAUAUUGUUGAUCUUAAGUAUAAUACGAGUCUAUGACCAUACAGUAAAAUAUAUUAAAAACUACAUUAAAAUAUAGAUAUUUUCUUCUAGUACACUUACUUUUGUUUGUUAAUAACACAAAAGUCUUCCCUUCUCCAGCCUUGAAUAUGUCAAAAAGAGCUCUUCAGAUUAAGAGGAAUUAAUAUCUUAGUCCCAAAAAUGUCUUAACUUUCUUUCUUAACUAUUUUCUAUUCAGUUUAAUUCAUGUUGGCCCUGACUUUUUAAUUUCACUUUAAACAGUUUUCAUUUUAGUUUCACUUUAGUACAUUUUUUUGUAUGUGUAUCAUAUAUGAGGAUUUUAAUCAUUACACUAUUUUCUUUACAGGUCUAAUUAUGGAAACCCCUACAGAAGUAUGGCACACACAGGUUGAACCAGAUGUAGAGACAGAUUCCAAACUUGAAUGUUCCAUUUGCUUCAACACCUAUGACAAUAUCUUCAAAACACCCAAGAUCUUGCAGUGUUCACAUACAUUCUGUCUGGAGUGUUUGGCGAGGGUGGUCGCUGCUCUACCACCAGAAACCAAAUCAGACAAAGUCUUGUGUCCCUUUUGCCGCCAACCAACGCCAAUCCCUCAAGAAGGGGCUCCAGCGCUGAGGACCAGUCAAGAACUUCUGUCCACUCUACCACCUCACCUCCAGCAUGAAGAGCCAGUAUGGAUUGAGGGCAGCAAGCUCUGUUACAAGCAACACACAGACUCAAACUCAGACUCAAGUCAGGCAGAUAUGUGUGUAUGCGUGGACAUUGGGUUAAGCAAAAAGGACAACCCACCAGUGGAAUCAAGGCGCACUGGACUGCGUGGUUUUUGCGGUGGAUGCAGUGAUUGGAAGAGACUCUUGCUAAUCACCUUCAUGGUUGUGGUUUUGUUUUGUAUACUUCUGUGGCCAGUUCAAUGCAUCUUGAAGACAGGAAAUCUGAGGUGUGUAAGUGACUUUACACCUACCCACCAACCCAGCCCUAUGAUUUUAGUAACACAUGGAAAAUAAAGUUGUGACCUGAAUGCCAUUGAAUCUGUGAUUAUACCAACAGAGUGUAGGUAGACCUGUUUUGGUGGAGGACAUUCCGAGGAACGGGGAGCAUUAAGACAACCUGCAUACCUCAAAAAAACCUUCAAGCCAACUGCUUUUUGGUGUAUUGAUGUAAAACUGACUGUGGAAAUAUGUACACAUCCAAGUCUGUUUUAACAGUUACUUCCCAUACAUCCUUUCAUGAAAUCAUGCACAUUGUGGAAGCGAUGCACCUAGCCUCAAAAAGGGUCCUAACCAGCCGGCGUUUAACUGGAACUGAACAUAAUAAUUAACAACAUUGGCGAAUGGAAAAUAUGUGAUAAAUACUGGUUUCUAUCAACCUCUAGUGCACAUUAUUAAUGCACUGUCUACAUUCACCAUCAAUGACCAUGGUAAUAGUAAUUCAGUAUUACGUGUUCUAGAAAUUAAUUUCUGGGACUGAAAAAUGCAUGUAAACAAUGUUUUAUGUUGCUCUAUGAUGAAAAUCAGGUCAGGUAUUAACACACCCUGUGUGAUUAAGUCAACAUAUGCACCACAGUACAAACAGUUCUUCUGUUCAACCUGACAACAUACAGGACAGAGUAGUUCGUUUUCUAAAAAUACGGUAAAAUCACAGUUUGUCUUUGUAGCUUUCAUAGGAAAUCUUUGUUAUUGUACGAUCUUUGCAAAGCUGAUACUUAACCAUGCAGAAAUAUACACCUGGAAUUGCUAAGACUAAUUAAGCAGAAUAAAUGGUUAGCUUAACAAGUAUCCUGAUUUAGACUAUUCACAGAAAUACACAGAAACAAUUCCGACUAGAUUUCCAUUUAAAUCAAAUCAAGGUGUAAUUGGGGGAGAUAAACUGGUGAAAUAUAUAACCGAUUUAAUAUGCAUUGAAAAAGACAAUCUCAACUCAUGGAAUGUUGUGUUUAACAGUUUGUUCGCUGUAUAUCGCUUACAUCAAUAACUCAAAUGCCAAAUGGAUGAGAUCCGAGCAACAUCUACACUCCCCUAGGGUUGUGACAAGUGCCAGUUAGAACCAGAGUGUUCAUAAAUCCACAUAACUCAGCAGAGACACAGAUAGAAGCAGACCUAUAACAAAUGUCUUUCAAUGUAUUUUUGUAUCUUCACUUCGAGUGUAAUAGACAGAGUUAUUCACCUGAGUAUUCAAAGUGAACUUCAAAGUUUAAAACCAAAAGUAUCCAUACUGAAAACAUAUCGGACAAAGACAUUUUCCCCAUUCGUCCAUUUAAAAAUUGAAUUCUCAAUUUAGUUAAACAACCCUAAGAAUUUGUCUAAACAAGUUCACCGGUAUGGCCAUCGUACUCGAACUGCAUCGAACUGCAGUUACACGGUCAGAGUUCUUAUCUUUCUCCAAUGGCUAACAAGUAGAGACAGAGAAAUAUUUGUAGUCGUGUCUGCUGAACAAAAGGGAAAAUAGGUUUAAAUUGUUGUCAUGAUGGUACUAUGGAAUCUGUUUGCUACAGCUUUGAAUAGACACAAUUAUUGUUUGUUUAAUAUUGUAAUUCUAUUUAAUCUAUUUGUAUAAAAGAAACACCCACAGGUGGGUGGCCAUGAGUCAAAUUGUACAUAAAUAUUGUAUUCGUUUUUUACUCAAAUAGAUUUAAUGUUGAAAAACUAAAGUUAAUAUUUUAUUA